AUGGCGGACGAAAACGUUGAGAAGACGGAGCAGACGGGCCAAAAUAACAAGGAAGGCACCUGUAUGAGUGUGCUUGGCCGCUCCUUCCUGCAGGCUGUCUGCGCAACGGUACCCUUCAAGAACGCGCUAUUCGGCGGGUACUGCCAGAUUUCAGAGCAGAAUGACGACGUCAUGGAGGAUGUGGAGUACGUAUCGGCCGACGAAAUGCCGGCAGUGCGUGAGCCCAGAGAGGGGGAGGCUGUAAAGCGCGAUAGGGAAACGUCGGAGCUGACCAACAAUUACGAAGUGAAGCGUGAGGAACCAGAGGCGAUUAAUAACGAGCCAGUAGUAGAUCAGCAAGUAGAACCCAUUGUGAUAGACCUGGCACGCAAGGUAGUGAACAUUGACGUCGCUGCCAAGGGCAAGUACAACUUUAGCAAGUCGCGCACCAUUACGCUGGACGAGUACCCGCGCGAUGAAAGGCUCACGGAGAGGGCAGUGGAGAUAUUCGUUGAAAACUCCGUAUCAUAUGCCAAAACGGCAAUCGACGACAGCAAGGUGAUACUCGCAGACAAGAUCAUUUCACAGAUGAUACGAAAGGUGCACGAGAUAUACGGGGAUCCCGAUGCAUACGACUUGGAGACCUUGCACCCACUGGUCAAUGUGGUGGAGAGGCUCCCGAAGGAAACGCCGACGACGAUACGCGACGCAAUCGAAGCUGUUGCCAACGACAAGAGCUUCAUCAACAACGUGGCGGAGAAGCUGCUGGUGCUCGACAUAUUCAGCAAGUUCAACAUGGUAUACAUGAAGACGCACAUCAUCAACUACAAGCAGCACUUCAUUUCGAAGCUCUGGCCAUCCGCCAUCGAAACCGCCGGAUACGAACUCAAGAGCCCCAGGUGCCCCUCUAUUCUCACCACCGAACGGCUACCCUACGAGGCGGAUUACGCAAGCCUACUGGCCACGGAGAACCUGCAAACAUGCCGCGAAGUACCUCAGGUGCGCCGAUCCCCACCCGCCAAACAGGUGGUGCUGAUAGCUGACGAAAAAACAAAGACAAAAGGCAAUGACGGCGAGACCAAACCGAAACAGGCGAAAGUAUCAAAAUACAUGUCAUAUGCCUCGAGGUUCAUGUCAAGGAAAAACACCAUGUUUGGACAGCACUUUGGCAAGAACAAGGUCAAAACCGCCGACGGUUGGAUUAAGUCGGCAUACGGCUCCCUGGAAACCUUCUACAGGUUCGAGCAGAAUGGCUCUGUCUCCGUCAAGGUCAGGGGCAAACUCGCUACGGACCUUCUGCGAGUGCUGUGUGUCAUCAACGAGACGGACCUCUCCUCGGUCUGGGUGCCCUUCCUCAAGGAAGCGACGGAGGUUCAUGUCUAUUCCAAGACGACCAAACUCUACAGUCAGACAUACGAGUACCCUGUAAUUGGCGCUAAACAGACCACCGUCUUCGGUUUGGCGGUCAACGCACUGGACGAGUUCGGCUGCUUCAUACUGGCGUGCAGAGCACCGCCGGAGUCGCAGCAGGACGUCGAGCAGCUCGAAAAUAUAUUAAAAGAUGGAGGAAUCGACGACACUUCGCCUUUCGUCUCAUGCAAAGAUGGUGUAUGCCAACUCAUGGGAGUCGACAUCAAGCCGAUGCCACCCAAGACCAGGCAAAGGUCGGGAGAUCUCUGCUUCCUCGUAUAUCCAAUGAAGAACCACACGCUCGUCGAACUAAACGCAAACAUCAUGCCAGAAGUGAGGCUUGUGCCCGCCAGAGUGAUUACCUACAUUAUCAAGAAGGUCGUCAUCAACAUAUUCCAAAAGAUUGCACAAAUCAGCAAGAACUUCCACAAUACGCCGUUCGCUGCGCGCAUCGAGCAAAACAAGGAAUUCUACGACUGGGUCGCAAAGUUGCACGACAAGUACGUCGGGAGGGGUGACCGACAAAAUUGUAACGUUAGCAUAUGCACAUACGACACGAAUGUCAACGAAUCAUGA